AUUCGUGUUUUCGACGUCCCUACCCUACGCUUUCCCCAUCGUGUUGUAGUGAACGUUCCCGGUUUUGCCAAAGCCGUUUACAUGCAUGGCCCAAUCUUGAUCAAAUCACAAUGA